AAACAGGUGUGAGUGGGUGCAACAGAAGCAAUCAUGGCUGCCAAGGUGUUUGAGUCCAUCAGAAAGUUUGGCCUAGCAUUAGCGGUUGUAGGAGGCGUGGUGAACUCUGCCUUAUAUAAUGUGGAUGCUGGGCACAGAGCUGUCAUCUUUGACCGAUUCCGUGGAGUGCAGCACUUUGUGGUAGGGGAAGGGACUCACUUUCUCAUCCCUUGGGUACAGAAACCCAUUAUCUUUGACUGCCGCUCACAACCCCGGAAUAUACCAGUCAUCACUGGUAGCAAAGAUUUGCAGAAUGUCAACAUCACACUACGCAUCCUCUUCCGGCCGGUGGCCAGCCAGCUUCCUCGCAUCUACACCAGCAUCGGUGAGGACUAUGAUGAGCGGGUGCUGCCAUCUAUCACCACAGAGAUCCUCAAGUCGGUAGUGGCUCGCUUUGAUGCUGGAGAAUUGAUCACUCAGCGUGAGGUGGUCUCAAGGCAGGUGAGUGAUGACCUCACGGAGAGAGCAGCAACGUUUGGGCUCAUCCUGGAUGAUGUGUCCCUGACACAUCUGACCUUCGGGAAGGAGUUCACAGAAGCAGUGGAAGCCAAGCAGGUGGCUCAGCAGGAAGCCGAGAGGGCCAGGUUUAUGGUGGAGAAGGCUGAGCAGCAGAAGAAGGCAGCCAUCAUCUCUGCUGAGGGUGACUCUAAGGCAGCCGAGCUGAUAGCCAACUCCCUGGCCACUGCAGGUGACGGCCUGAUUGAGCUGCGCAAGCUGGAGGCUGCUGAGGACAUCGCUUACCAGCUCUCUGGCUCUCGGAACAUCACCUACCUGCCAUCCGGGAACUCGGUGCUCCUCCAGCUUCCCCAGUGA